CACCCGCGUAGACACUCCCAGGCGACGACAACCAUCACUCUUCACGCGGAAAUAGGCUGCAGUGACAGACGUAUCCUACAAACAUAUUCAUAGUGAAGAUCACUGUACCAAGACAACAUCCCGAGGAUCUCACGCGCCUCAUCCACGGUCCACCUUCUUUGUGGUUCCACCGCUACCGCCUUACACCCACAUUCCACAUAUAAAGCUAGACUCCUCCACUACGCUCACUCACUUUGAUUCGCUACUAAACAUCAACCUGCGCGAUACAAACGCCCAGAUCCACCACGGAAUAACCCACAACUUCCCAUAUACACGACUGUCACCACCGCCACAUUCACCAUGGCCGGAGAUCUAGAUACCCUCAUUGACAUGGGCUUUCCCCGCGAACGCGCAGAGCUCGCCGUCAAAGCCACCGGCGGCCUUCAGUCUGCCAUCGACUGGCUCGAGACCAACCAGGACAAGUCCGUCGACGAGAUCAAGCAAGAGCAAGCCACCACCGCCGCCAACGUCUCAGACGAGCCACCUGCCCUCCAGCCCGGCGAAGAGGCCAAGUCACUCGUCUGCGAUGAGUGUGGCAAGAGAUUCCGUUCCGUAAACCAAGCCCAGUUCCACGGCGAGAAGACCGGCCAUGAACAGUUCUCAGAGUCCACCGAGGAGAUCGCGCCCCUCACAGAAGAGCAAAAGGCACAGCGCCUCCAAGAACUACGCGAGAAGCUCGCCGCCAAGCGCGCAAUGCAGUCUGAGCAAGACAAAGAAGACCACAAGAAGAACGAGCAGAUCCGCAUGAAAGCCACAAAGGAAUCCCAAGACAUCCGCGAAGAGCUACAAAAGAAGGAGCGCUUAAAGGAAGCCGCCGCCAAGCGUGCAGAGAAGAAGGCAGACGAAGACGCAAAGAAACGCGUAUUAGCCAAGCUCGAAGCCGACAAGCAGGAGCGCAAGCGCAAGGCCGAGAUUGAAAAGGCGAAGCGCGCCGGCCAGGCUCCUCCUCCCGCUCCUGUACAGGCGCCCCUCGCUACAUCCUCCGGUCCUACCACCAGCAAGCCUGCGAGCGCAUACACCGAGGCGCGUCUGGCGCUGCAGACACCCAGCGGAAGGGUCAUGAAGAACUUCCCAGUUGAGACUACGCUGUUCGAGGUCGCGCAUGCGCUAGAGCAGGAUGGCAUGACUGUGUCGACUUUCACGACCAACUUCCCCAAGAAGAUAUAUGAUCGGAGUGACUUUGGCAUGACGCUCAAAGAGGCGGGUAUGGUGCCCAGCGCGGCUUUGAUUGUCGGAUAGAAGCCGGACCCUUUCGAGGACAUACGGUGUAGAUGUUUGUGAACAUGUAUGGGGUGGCGUUGAGGUGGUGCAGGUGGUAGAUACCCACAAAGGGAUGCGUAUGGUAGCGUUGAUGUAUGUGUCGGCGGCAGUAAGCCAGUCCGUAGACGAAGUCACGAUGAAUGAACCAUGACAUACAAUGAACUACAGAUGCAA